AUGCAUGACUGUGUUUCUGUUAGAAGCAAGGUUUCUAGUUAUGUAUCUGCUAUUCCUAGUGAUUGUCCUUUCUGUCAUAGGGAUACUGAAACUCUAAGUCAUCUUUUCAUUGAUUAUGAGAUUACCAAAAGAUUGUGGUUUGCCUUAGACUCUAAUAUUGCAGGUAAUAUUGGUAACAUGAAUAUGCAUGAAUGGAUUACUAGUUGGUUUCAACCUACUGGUAAUCAUAGUGAGAAUCAGGUGAACUUAAUCACAUUUGUUGGGUUUGCUAUUUGGCAAAUAUGGAAUCUCAGAUGCAAUGUUGUCUUUAACAAUGCACAUGUUCAAGUAAAUAAUUUGGUUAGUCAGGUUAACAAGGAUGUCAACGAAUGGAAUACAAAUUCCAUGAGAGUACUAGCAGGUAGAAAUCAUGCAGGGCAGGGGAGAACUGUAACUCCAUGGAGCUUACCAGAAAAUGGUUUUCAGAAAUUGAAUUUUGAUGCUGCUUUUAUGAAGGAAAAUAUGUAUAUGGGAAUUGGACUAAUUGCUUUUAAUGAUGCAGGGAAUUGCAGAAGGGCUCAAUCAAUUCAUGGAAUAGCGAAUGAUGAGGAGCAGGCUGAGGCCUUGGCGGCACUUGAAGCAAUAAAGUGGGCAAAGGCUGAGGCAGUGCAGAAUCUGCAUUUGGAGGGUGAUUGCCUGAAUGUAGUGAAUGCCAUCAAUGGUAGUUUAGAAUUUGUCAAGUGGACAACUAAUAAUGUAAUCCAGGAUUGCAGGAAUUUGUUAGGAAGUUUUACAAAUUGGAAAUGCACAUUUGUGCACAGGGAAUCAAAUGAAGUAGCUAACAGCUUAGCUAACAGCUUAGCCAAAAUACACUGGUCGAUUGUAUUUUGUUAG